UUGACCUUUUGGCGGAACGGCUUUCAAGUCGAAGACGGCGAAUUGAUGCGGUACGAUGAUCCAGAACACGCAGCCAUCCUUGCAGAGAUCAAUUCCGGCCGUGCUCCACCAUCCAUCCUGAACGUCCUCGACGGGCAAAACGUCGAUGUCCGCGUCGCGAAACGCGUCAACGAAGACUACGUACCUCCCCCCAGUUCCGUCAAAGCGUUCACGGGAUCAGGACAUCGUCUUGGCGCACCGGUCCCAGGUUCUGGUGUUGUGCGGACGCCUUCUAGUACAGCGGCACCGGAGCACGAAAGGGCGUCUAUCAAUACGAGGUUUGAGGUGGAUCAGACGCAGCCUACGACGAGUGUGCAGAUUCGAUUGGCGGAUGGAACGAGGAUGGUUGCCAGGAUGAACUUGACUCAUACCAUUUUGGACAUUCGGAACUUUAUCAACGCCUCUCGUCCCGAAAACCUCGUUCGACCAUACGAGAUCGCGACGACUUUUCCUAAUCGUGUCCUGGACGACACCAGCGCUACGAUAAAGGACGCGGGGUUGGUUAAUAGUGUUGUUAUACAGAAGUGGGUGUGA